GUUACCUCGCGCACCAUCAUGGUCGACAUUUCUAGUUUCUAAAAUUGUUUUGUUUACCAAAUCGGCAUUACGGCGUACCUAAGCGAGAGCAGGAGGCGACAACCAGCACCGGCCCCCCAUUCCGGACAAUGUCGUCGUGACGUGAAGUCGUCGACUCGCAACAAUGUCCGACACCAGUGCACCGAUUGUUUUUGUUGUACUGUGCAUAGUUAACUGUGGAUGAUUUGUUAUCGUUAUUGAAAAAAGGACUGCCCGUGGUGUGCGAACUGACGGUGAAAAUGGGCGACAGAGUCGCGCUGUGCGUGCUCGCGUUGUGCCUCACGCUGCACAUCGAUGGUGUGCGGGCACUGCUGUGCAAGUGCGACUCCUGCGACAACUCGACGUGCAGGACCGACGGCUACUGCUUCACCGCCGUGUCAGUCCAUGAGGGCAAACAGACAUACAUCUACCGAUGCUUAAAUAAAAAUGACAUAAUGGAAAUGGUAGUCAAACCCAGCGAGGGCGUCGAAAUAGUAUGCAAUGAGACGUCCAAAGACGGAUGGGCGUCGCGGUGUUGCUAUGAGCCGGACUUAUGCAAUGAUAAUCCGGAUAUACUACAAAAUUUGGAAAUCCAAUUACGUAGUCCAGAGCCGCAAGAAAGCUUCGACUCGACGCUGCAGAUCAUCCUCAUAGUCCUGAUACCCGUACUGUGCAUAUUGCUGCUAGUGCUGGUAUUCUACUGCAGAUCGAUGCAGAGCAGACAAAGGGGUCUGCACCAUCAUCUCGGCCACGGGGACGAGAGCAUAGAGGCGCCCGACCAUCCCAUACUCAGCAAGGGUGUGAGUCUGAGGCACAUGAUCGAGAUGACCACCAGCGGCAGCGGAUCAGGUUUGCCGUUGCUGGUGCAGAGGAGCAUAGCCCGUCAGAUCCAGCUGGUCGAGAUCAUCGGUCAGGGUAGGUUCGGGGAGGUGUGGAGGGGCAGGUGGCGAGGCGAGAACGUGGCCGUCAAGAUAUUCAGUUCGCGGGAGGAACGCUCGUGGUUCCGGGAGGCGGAGAUCUAUCAGACGGUGAUGCUGCGCCACGACAACAUUUUGGGCUUCAUCGCAGCCGACAACAAAGAUAACGGCACGUGGACUCAGCUAUGGUUGAUAACCGACUAUCACGAGCACGGAUCUUUGUUCGACUUCUUGAGCAGGAACACGGUGGACACGUCGGGGAUGAUACGGAUGGCCCUGUCGAUCGCCACCGGCCUUGCCCACUUGCACAUGGACAUCAUGGGCACACAAGGAAAGCCUGCAAUUGCUCACAGGGACCUGAAAUCCAAAAACAUUCUUGUCAAGUCGAACGGCACGUGCGCCAUCGGCGACCUGGGCUUGGCCGUGAGACAUGACGUUACCACCGACACUGUUGACAUACCACUCAACAACAGAGUCGGCACCAAAAGAUACAUGGCACCCGAAGUGUUGGACGAGUCGCUGAACAUCCACCACUUCGACUCGUUCAAGAGGGCCGACGUGUACGCCCUCGGCCUCAUAUUCUGGGAGAUAUCCAGACGGUGCAACGUGGGCGGCAUCUACGACGAAUACCAGCUGCCGUUCUACGACGCAGUGGCACCGGACCCACCCAUCGAGGAGAUGCGAAGGGUGGUUUGUAUAGAGAAACAGAGGCCUAACAUACCGAACAGGUGGCAGAGCCACGAGGCACUACACGUCAUGACGAAGCUGAUGAAGGAGUGCUGGUACCACAACGCGACGGCCCGACUAACGGCUCUCAGAAUUAAAAAGACGCUGUCGAACUUCAGGGCGACCGAGGAACUUAAGAUGUAAAUAAUGGGUUUGUUUUAUCUGGUCAAUGUGCAUCUAACUUGCAAUAUGUGAUGGAACUAGUGUUUUACAAACAUCGUUGCAGGACCAUCGGUGCAGAAUCCACAGCAACAGUAACAACAACAACAACAAAUUUAACAACUAUGAAUAGUUUUGUGUAGUACCUAAGAAAUAUUUUUGGCUGAUAGUAUUUAGUUACAUAUAUUUACUUUUUAAUAUAAUGAACAAAAUAUUUUAAACACUUUAGUCGGUAUCUUAGGAACUAUUUCGUGUGCGAGCUAUUUUUACUAUGAUUUUAGUCGAGGUGCGCGUCUCACAAGUACAACCCAUAUGCGAGUCAAAAUAUAUCAAUAGAGUUAUAUAUAUGUAGAUAUUAAGAUGUUGCGAUGUGUAUUAUUUUAUUUAUUUGUACAUUGAAACAGAGAACUAUAGUUUCUGGGAUACCCGCUUCAAAAAAAGACUGUACAUAGAUAUAUAUAAAUAAUAUAUAUUAAUAAUUAUCUUGCCGAUUUUGUAUUUGACUUAUACCUUCCUUAAAAAAUAUUACGGAUGUUUAAAGGGAUGUAAUUUUUUAACUAUUAAAUUUUAUGAAUAAGGUCUAUGAUAAUAUUUGUUAAGGAAUAUACCUCAAAUCAAAAUGGUAACAAAGCACUGUAAAUACGGGAUGUGUUAACAAUAAAUGUUUGGCAACGGUGAAACACCUUUCGAACUCGCUUCCAUACAAAAGUCUGACACUGUCUGUUCACUGCCGUAUUGCAUAUCAGUUCCACUUUAAUAAAAGACAAGCAAUCUCAUGGACCCAUUCCAUUUUUGUGAACACAUGACAAGCAUCUGUUUUUGGGUUUCACGACGUAAAUUGUUCAAAUCUUGCUCCGUUUUCAAUUCUGUUGUUAAUAUUUCGUAAUGAUCGAACAUUGAGCCAAACGUUUGUAUUGUCAAAUUCAACUCCUACCUCAACUUCUCCCUCGAGACACGUUUCAUCGUUGCGAGCCGUUUCCAAACCAUCUUACUGUAGUGUUUGUCUAGUUAUUGUUUGUUCCUUGCAUCAAUUAAUCAUUGCAGUUGUUGUUGAUUGAUUAAUAUUGUGUUAUUAUUUUAGUUAGUGAUUUUUAUACAAUUUUACGUAGGUUUAAGAGUACAGAGCCAGGGGCAAAUCAUGCUAGACGACAGGAACAUUGUAAUUAUUAUGAGAUUUGAUGAAAAGUGCAGUGACGGCAUUAAGCUGGUUUUUUACAUGCUGACUUUUUGUCACAUUUUGAUUUACAUUUUGUUAAUAUUAAAUAAAGUAUAAAUUAUGA